GUUCCCUGUUAUAUAGUUUGUAAUCAUCGGAAACUAUGUAUAUUAGUUUGACGAUGGUAUCCAUCGCGAGUUUCACGGGUAAUUCGAAAGCAUUUGAAUUAAUAAUUCGUUCGUAACCGAUAUGGAAUUUCGCCGAUUACGAGCUGGAGGAAUUCGCGCGAAGGGAUAAAUAUUCGAACGGGCAAUUUGCCUUGUCGAUCCGCGCCAAUUGAUCCCACCAAAUCUGCCGCUCGCUUCUCGGUUGCACAACUCGAACGGCGAAAAAGAAGAUUGCUCAAUUCCCCUUCCUUCCCGACACUUUGUUUCAAAAAGUUGAAAAAUAUGCGGCGUGCAGAUACGCGUAGAAAGAAUUUUGAAGGUAUUAUCAACGCGCAAAACCUUUAUUCUAAUUAAUCAUCGGACCGUGGAUAAUCUUUUUCCAAUAGGUUGCCGAGGACAAGAAAGAGACGAGAGAGGAGUAGGGCGGAAUCAAGAAAACCUAAGUUUCACGAGUGAUAAAGCAACGUAAUUUACAUAAUGGCGGAAAAAAAGUUUAUAACGCAAUAAACGUAACGCUAAUACAACGUUCCAUGAUAAAUCCGUUAAUAAUUCACGAGGCGAUCCGUCAAAAAUAUUUCAUAUUAUCCGUUAGCAACGCGCAUCGCUGAUAUUAUCAUCGAAUCAAAGAGAUAUAUUUCUGGAGAGUGGAUGGGAGGGAGAACGUGUGCGAGGGAGAGGGACGAAUUGGUUGGGCGAAGAAAGAGAAGAGUAUUUGACUUUCCAUCGAAUCGAUAGAUUACAAUUCAACCAGGAAUGAAUGUAUCAUGCGAGCGAGCGGUACGCGGAAAUGCAAUAAAUUCAACAAUAAACUGUAUUGCCACACUGGGAUGCGGCUAUUCAGGCGACAUAUUGACACUCGUUCGCUCUAUCGUCGAAAACGGCCAAUUUAUUGCUCAUUAAUCUUGACGGUCUAAUUUACAGUUACAGAUCGUACGUAUGAUAGGGACGGAUUUCUUUAAUGGAAUCGAGUGGAAGCCGACAUGGGAAUAAUUGUAGCCCUAUAACUCUCGAAUUAUCGCUAGAUUUUCACCCUGAUUAAAACUGCUAAAGCGUCGUUGAACGCCCCGUUUCGCCCCGUGUAUACCAUAGUUUCGAUAAUUUCCGAAAAUAGGAAAUUAAAAUCCUCCAACUUCGAGACGCGGAUACUUUGUCGUCGUGACGGAUUUCGAAAUUCUAAAAACUUCUCAGUCCGUUUUCCAAUCGGUUUUUAUCAACGUUUUACGUCACGAAGCGCAACACCGCCGACACCGAUCAAUGGACUUGGCGAAAACUAGAGCCAUUGCGACGACUUUGAGACGAAGGAACGUUCCACCAUUUACCUCUCACCACCACCUCUCGGGAUCGGAGACAAGCAAUGACGGACAAAUUAAUGCUUUAACGAGCUCUUUCUUUCCUUUCGGUGGAACGCUCUUAUAAAAUAGGAUUCUCGCGAUCCGGCGCAACAGUCCAUCGGCAAUCCUUCGUGGGAGAAGAAAUGGAGUCGAAGGCGAAGAGCCUGCUCCUCGUCCCUGCUGCGGUCUUGCUGCUAGCCCUCGCCCUCGAUGUCGCACAAUCGACGAGCUAUCACGAUCCAGACAACGAAGAUGCUGGCAGCGAACACGGACACGGGGGAGGUGGUGGACACGCUCAUUCCUUCCAUCACUUCUCUGGGCCAGUGGUGGGCCAUCACGAAGAGAUCACGUGGAAGGGCAAACACGGGCAUCUCCAUCACGACUACAGGGCCCAUCCCAAGUACAAGUUCGCGUACGGCGUGGACGACAAGCACACGAAGGAUUACCACGGGCAGAAAGAGCAACGCGAUGGAAAAGAAGUGGAAGGGGAGUAUCAUCUUCACGAACCUGGGGGCAACGUGAGAAGCGUUAAAUACCACUCGGAUCCUCACGGAGGUUUCUUCGCGGAAGUUCACAAUUAUGGAGGAAAUGACCACUCAGGCGGCACUUAUGGUGGACAUAAACACGGAUAAAUGACAACGUUUAUUUGCUGCGAGAUUAUUGUUAUCUAUAUACAGUUGUUGAACUCGUAUGUUUUAUUUUCAUUAGAUCCAAAUUAUUGUUUUUAUUGUUGUUGUUUUAAAAAUUAAUCGUUUUAAAAAUAAACCAGCAUAUAUUGGAAAUCCAAUAAUAAAA